GGCCACCGCUGGCGCUUGACAGCAGCCGUUGCUGCCCAUGGAAGUGCCCCGGCCUGGCGGAUGAAGUCGGUACACACACCAUGUCAUCAUGUGUCUCUAGCCAGCCCACCAGCGACCGGGCGGCCCCCCAGGAUGAACUGGGAAGCGGGGGUCUCAGCCGGGAAAGCCAGAAGCCCUGUGAGGCCCUGCGGGGACUCUCGUCCUUAAGCAUCCACUUGGGCAUGGAAUCCUUCAUUGUGGUCACCGAGUGUGAGCCAGGCCAGGGUGUGGACCUCAGCCUGGCCCGGGACCAGCCUCUGGAGGCUGAGGACCAGGAACUGCCCCUGGAUGCCUCGGAAGCCGAGGCACGGCCCCUACUUUCCGGUCGCAAGAUGUCCCUGCAGGAGCCGUCCCAGGGUGGGCCAGCCUCCGGCAGCAGCCUGGACAUGAAUGGACGCUGCGUCUGCCCCUCCGUGUCUUACUCGCCAGCCACCUCCCCACAGUCCUCUCCCCGGAUGCCCCGGCGGCCCACGGUGGAGUCUCACCACGUCUCCAUCACAGGUUUGCAGGACUGUGUGCAGCUGAAUCAGUAUACGCUGAAGGAUGAAAUUGGAAAGGGCUCCUAUGGUGUGGUCAAGCUGGCUUACAAUGAGAACGACAAUACUUACUACGCGAUGAAAGUCCUGUCCAAAAAGAAGCUGAUCCGACAGGCUGGCUUUCCACGCCGUCCCCCACCCCGAGGGACUCGCCCAGCUCCAGGGGGCUGUAUCCAGCCCAGGGGCCCCAUCGAGCAGGUGUACCAGGAAAUCGCCAUCCUCAAGAAGCUGGACCACCCCAACGUGGUGAAGCUGGUGGAGGUCCUGGAUGACCCCAACGAGGACCAUCUGUACAUGGUGUUCGAAUUGGUCAACCAAGGGCCUGUGAUGGAGGUGCCCACGCUCAAGCCACUCUCUGAAGACCAGGCCCGAUUCUACUUCCAGGAUCUGAUCAAAGGCAUUGAGUACUUACACUACCAGAAAAUCAUCCACCGGGACAUCAAACCUUCCAACCUCCUGGUGGGGGAGGACGGGCACAUCAAGAUAGCGGACUUCGGCGUGAGCAAUGAGUUCAAAGGCAGCGACGCCCUGCUCUCCAACACCGUAGGCACGCCUGCCUUCAUGGCACCCGAGUCGCUCUCAGAGACCCGCAAGAUCUUCUCGGGGAAGGCCUUGGAUGUUUGGGCCAUGGGUGUGACAUUGUACUGCUUUGUCUUUGGCCAGUGCCCUUUCAUGGAUGAGCGGAUCAUGUGUUUGCACAGUAAGAUCAAGAGCCAGGCCCUGGAGUUUCCAGACCAGCCUGAUAUAGCUGAAGACUUGAAAGAUCUGAUCACCCGAAUGCUGGACAAGAACCCAGAGUCCAGGAUUGUGGUGCCUGAAAUCAAGCUGCACCCUUGGGUCACGAGGCACGGGGCCGAGCCGUUGCCGUCGGAGGACGAGAACUGCACUCUGGUGGAGGUGACCGAAGAGGAGGUCGAGAACUCAGUCAAACACAUUCCCAGCCUGGCGACUGUGAUCCUAGUAAAGACCAUGAUUCGGAAACGCUCUUUCGGGAACCCAUUUGAGGGCAGCCGGCGGGAGGAACGUUCCUUGUCGGCACCUGGAAACCUGCUCACCAAAAAACCAACCAGGGAGUGGGAACCCUUGUCUGAGCCCAAGGGGACAAAGAAAAAAAAAAGGACUUGACUUCCAUGACGCCGUCGACUUUGGCUGCUGGCUGGCCGGACCGGCGCGGGUGAGGAGUUGCAAACCCAGACCGACAUGCAUUUUGGGACAAUUGCUUUUUAAAACAUUUCUAUGCCAAAACAAAACAAAACAAAAACCUUCAUUGUGAAUUCGGAACCAUGCCAGAUGAACCAAGUAAAUGUGUGUGGGGUUUGAGCUGUGCCGAGAUCCAAGUGGAGAAACUCCCGCUGGCUGGGGCUACACUUCAGAGGGGAGGACAAGGUUCAGUGUGACCCGAAUAAACUGAAGCCGGGGCACCUUCCAGAACCGUGGAAGGACAGGGCUAGCCCUCAGUAGCUGCAGGGAACUUCAGCGUAUUUAUUUGUAAUGAGGACUUUUUAAAUGUUUUUUUUUUAAAUGGGUAAAAUUAUAGUCUGGAAGACUAAAAGGGCUUGCAGUUGAAAUGCUUGAGGGGCACUUUGCAACUUCCCGAAAGCAUUCAGCAGCUGUUGGUGGCAAAGGCUUGUCUGGAGCGCCGAACACAUUUUCUUCACGUGAGCUGCUCAGAGUGGGUCUCUGAGGUCAUCCGCCAGGCUACUUCUCGUUGUCAGAUGGCAAACGCCUCAGGGGGGGAGCCCACACGUUCAUGUACAUUACAUGGCUUAAGACUCAACAGAUGUUCCCAAAGUCUCUCACUAGCCUGGACUCGGGAGGAAUUCAGAAGUCCCAGAGCGGAGCUCCCGGGAUCUGUCACAGCUUCCACCGCGAUGGGGACUGAGCGCCCACGACACCGGGGCCUGUAUAUUAGCAGCUUUGCUUGCCUGCUUUUACCUGUGCAUUCUAGAGGCUGUAAGGUUUCUUUCCUCUUAAAUUCUGUCUGAUUGAUAGCAUCAAUGAAACACCACCUUCCUCGUGGGCCACUUCCCUGUGGGCAAUACCGUCACUCAGCUUAGGUGCCAAUGGCGAUCCUUAGGAGCAAAGCUUUGGUGGGACCCACACAGUGAUAUCAGGGUGCCAUUGUAGAGAAAAGCAACAAAACCCAGGACGUUCCUCAGGGCAAAAGACCUUCUUGUUUUGUUUUGUUUUUCAUAGCCAGGGGCCUAGAGAGCAAAUGUGGACCUUUUUUUUUUGACUUCCAACCACUAUUGGAACUUGGGUAGAGGUGUGAGUACCCAGGGCCACAGAGGAAAACAUGAAGUUCAAGACUUCCAGACUCGGCUUUCCAGGGCUUUGGAAUGACCUGAUCAUGACUGUCUUGUCAGGAACGGAGUUCAGAAGGCUGUUCUGUAGUCUCUUGUCUGGCGAGCCUCCAUGUAGGGUCUUCCUGCAGAGACGGGCGUGAGGCCUGUUCCCCAGCGCCUGGCUGCAUGCAGAGUCCGGGCGCUCCUGGCUUCCAUAGGGUUUCUUAAGGCUCCUGACUGCAUUUUAGCCAGACUUUUCCCUGCUGUCCCCUAAGCAAUUAGAAUUAGGGCAAAGACGCCAGUGUGUGUGUGGGUCCCCUCACCUGCCUGCAUUGUCUCUGUGACCAAGGACUUCCGGUCACUCUUCCCUCUUAAACCGAAGCAGAAAUAACCCAGUAGCUCUAGCCCUUCUGGCCACAGAUGGGGUUUUGGCUAGUUCGCAAUAAGCACCUUGUGGUGGUUGAAGCCAACAGGUCCCGAGGCUGAGCCCCAGUCCGUCCGCCUGGCCCCUGGCCCGCCUGAGGAGGGCAGGCAUUGCGCCGGAACUCUGCAGAACUCUUCUUCUGUUUACACAGCUCUACCGGGCAAUGCCCUUCCUCCCCACCACGGAACUUUCCAGCCAAGAUGUCUGAAGUGGGUUGCCAAACCAUCAGGUAGCACCUCGGGGGGCGGGGUUGAGAGGUCCACAUGGGUGACUUUUUUUUUUUUUCUUAAACCAUGAAACACCAAAGAAAGCUGUGGAAAGGAGCAACCCCCUCUCUCCCAUCCCGCCCGGCUGCCGUGGAAAGUGUGAGAGGUCCGGCCAAGACCGGGGCAUUAGAGCACAAACAGUUUUCAAAAGCAUCCUCAGGCCGGCUGGCUCGGCAGCGUCUCUGUGCGGGCCAACAGGAUGCCCACAGUCCCUUCCUGCUGGCUCAUCCACAAUUAACUAAGGGCAGCCUCGGCCUCGCCUUGAAGGAAGCACAAGCCCUGCCCUCUUUUCCUCUGUCUUUUCUGCCUCCUCCCGAACAUCCCACAGGCUACCGGUGGUCCCCAGGCACCUCACAGAGCCCCUCAUUGUCACUUGGGGCUCCAGAGGCCACCCACUACUGGUCUGGCCUUUCCCGUGGGACAGAGCUCCUGUCCCUGGACCUUCCUAGAAUUAGGAGAACCUCUGUACAGGUUGACACCAGGUUACGCCCGCAGCCCUCGUCCGUCUUCCCGAGGGCAUGCUUCACAUUGCCAGUACAGAACCAGAACCUCCAUUUGCUCCCAAGGUGCUAGGGAAGAUUGCCGGUUCCCCUCCUCUCCAGCCCCGUGGGCCCAGUUUCGUGGGACUUUGGACUUUUCUAUUUGGUGACCGAUGCCCUCUGCUUCUGUCUUAUUGCCCCUCAUCCUCUCUACUAUGCAUUUUCCUUUUAUCGGGUGUACAGAGUUAAAUACUGUGUAUUUAUCACUUACGAGUCCGUGAACCGAAGAGCAAAAGAUAAGCUUGCGGUUGCUUUCUUUCCCACAGGUGGAUAAGCUUCUCUGUAAACUUGAAAUAAACAGACAGCAAAAAUGGUGCAAA